CCGGCAUCCAGAAGUAAGAGACGAGGCACAGGAAGGGAAACUAGUCCGCUACUACAGCUUACGUUGGAAGUCGACGUUUAGAUGUCCAUGCUUUUAGUCUUACAAGAUAAUGUAAUUUUAUUUUCCCUCAAGUCGACAGGUAACGUAGAAAAUGCCGUUACACGGAAAAAUUGUCGUUAUUAAGAAAAACGGAGUGGACGGCGUGGAAUUUCCUCUCACUGCAUCAUGUUUGUUUGGAAGAAAACCGGAUUCUGAUAUCCGUAUCCAGAUUCCUCAAGUCUCCAAAGAACAUUGCAGAAUUGACCUUAAUGAAAAUAAAGAGGUUAUUUUGACCAAUCUGAGCAAAGCCAAUCCAACACGAGUUAACGGAGAAGUUCUGACUCAGUCUGAACGCUUGAAACAUGGAGAUACCAUAACUAUUGUUGACCGUUCUUUCAGAUUUGAAUAUCCACCUGCACCUACUCCUAAGAAGAGGUCUUCAUCUGGAGGGAAGACAGAGACUCUCAAAGUUCGUCAAGACCAGCAAGUGGCUGCAGCCGUCUGUGUCGGGACUGCAGACAAGAGGACGUCUGAAGUGACAACAGGUGCUCAUCUUAAAGAUGGAGGUCACCACGACAACAUCCAGCAAUCUCUGGAAAAGACGCUGGAGAUGGAGUCCACUGAAGCGAGUCAGGAGCAAGGCAAGAAAAACUCUCCGUUCAGCGACCUGUAUCACAUGAUCAAGAAAUCCCUGGAAAUCAAGACUCCCUGCAAAUCAUCCGCCAGUCAGGCUCAGACGCCGUCUUCCAAGUUCUGCACCCCGAAACCUGUUUCAGUCAGGAAGAGUACAGAUAAGCCAGCAACUCCCACCCCUAAAAAGGAUCAGCCUAAAGCCAGCGGGACCCCACAGACCGCUAAGAAGCAGGCCAAGACCUUCCAGGUUCCUGCAGGUGACGCAGCUGAGCUGAGAGUGGAGGAACCCAACACCAGAUCUGAAGGGCCUUCCCCAAAGAGAAGAAGCAGCGCGGCACCCCAAAAGUUCACCGCUCUGGAGAUUAUUGAGCAAAUAUCGGCUCAAACACCUAAAUCACCUGCAAGGCGCAGAAGUAAGGAGGCGACACCAACCAGAGCUGAAGCAGCUAAGCACCAAGACGAGCAGGACGGGAAAUCUCCAAAAGCAAAGUCUCCUGGAAGAGCAUCACCGGGCGACUCGAGGAAAAAUGACACAGUAAAAGAGGCACCGAAAAAACGCAAAAGUGGUGAACUCGGAAAGGACCAGGCCAGUCCGCAGAAGAGGAAACGCGUCUCCUUUGGAGGCCAGCUGAGCCCAGAGUUAUUUGACAAACGGCUGCCUCCCAACUCCCCCUUACGUAAGGGAGCCGCUCCGAGGAGAAGUCUGGUGGUGUUUAAGCCCAAAUCCACCCUCCUUAGAAGAGCUUCUGUCAUCGGUUUGAUAAAGGAGCAAAGUCCUGCUAAAGGAAGGACUCCAUCACCCAAGAAACUUAAAGCUGGAUCUCCUGCACAAAAGUCACCAAACCCCAAGUCUGCAACUCCCAAAGCAGCUUCUCCUGGUCAGAAGUCUCCAAAAUCCAGGUCUCCUUCCCCUAAAACACCUACCCAGAAGUCUCCAAAAUCCAAGUCUGCAACUCCCAAAGCAGCUUCUCCUGCUCAGAAGUCUCCAAAAUCCAGGUCUCCUUCCCCUAAAACACCUACCCAGAAGUCUCCAAAAUCCAGAUCUGCCACUCCCAAAACACCAUCUCCUGCUCAAAAGUCUCCAAAAUCCAGGUCUGCUUCCCCCAAAGCCAAAUCGUUGAGUGAUACAUCCCCUAAAAUCCCCUUGAAUUCCGGAGUUCAGACCCCAUCGGUGCAGGGCCGCUUCUCAGUGUCCCGCAUCAGCACCCCAUCUCCCACCGCAGAAGCUGUCUCUGAUCAGGAGCCUUUAGCCACUCCCAAAAUCCCCAUAAAGAGGAAGAGCAUGAAGAGCAGUGCACGGAAAACUCCACGUGCUGCCAGAAGUGCUGCGAAGCUGCUGCAGAGGCGAAGCGGCGCUUCACGCGUCUCAAUGAAAGCAUUGACUUCCUGGGCAGGAAUUGUCAAAUUUGGGAAAACCAAACCUCAAGUUGUCGCUCCCUCUAAGAAAAAGAUUCCUCAAAAGAUCAAAAAGAAAGCUGCAAAGUGCAAACCGCAGACCCCUGCCAGAGUACCGAAGGGCCACAUGAGCACCGGACACGCUGACUCCCCGGCUACAAUAGUUGUGGGCCGAGCUCACAAAACAGCUGUUGCAGUUGGAGCUGCGCCCCGAGUGGUCACCAACACCAUCCUCAUCAAGAAGAACAUGAAAAUGGACGAGGACUUGACUGGUAUUUCUGAAAUGUUUAAAACCCCCAUUGCUGAGAAGAAAAGGCGAUCUAUGACCAACGAUAAUAAAGAGGUUGUGAAGACACCUGGAGGCGGUCUGAGUGCAUCUGUGAUGGAAUCUGUGUUGAGCACACCUGAGGAGUCAGGUGAGAUGAUCGUGUCCCCUCUCAGCGUUGCGUCGGCUGUCAAGAGCCGGCGGUACAACAGUGAGGCCGUUCAGCGUCUCCUGGAUGGAGAGAAGUCCAGUUUUGUUGGCAGCGGCUCCACUGUGAAGACGGCAGCUGUUACGACCCCCAAACAAAAAGCCCCAAAACCAGAAAGUCUCACCGGAGUCAAGAGGAUCAUGAAGACUCCGAAACAAAAACCAGAGCCUCUCGAGGACCUCAGAGGAAAGAUUCUGAAAACUCCCAAACAGAAACCGGAGCAGCGGGAGUGUCUGACCGGAGUCAAGAGGAUCAUGAAGACCCCAAAACACAAAGCAGAACCUCUUGAAGAUCUCAGAGGCAAGAUCCUGAAAACUCCCAAGCAGAAAGUAGAACAACAGGAGUGUCUGACCGGAGUCAAGAGGAUCAUGAAGACCCCGAAACAUAAAGCAGAACCUCUAGAGGACCUCAGAGGAAAACUCCUGAAAACCCCCAAACAGAAACCAGAGCCACAGGAGUGUCUGACCGGAGUCAGAAGAAUCUUUAUGACUCCAAAGCAAAAAGUGAAUGAAGAUCUCAGAGGGAAACUCUCGAUGACCCCGAAAGUCGAGAUACUUGAUGUGAGUUUGGAUGGAGUCAAAGAACUUCUAAAGAAGCCUGCUAACGACGAGGCCAAAAACACCCAGACUCUGAGCACACAGCGCUCCUCCUCUGCCGCCGCCACUAAGAAAAUACCCAGGAAGAAAAACUCUCCGGUCCAAGAUCUGGUUGGUGUGAAGAGGCUCAUGCGCACUCCCAAAGAGAAGGGGGAGCCCGUGGAGGAGAACUUUGGGAUCAAGAGGCUGAUGAAGUCGCCGAGGCUGAGGGGAAAUCCUCCCGUGGAAAACUUUGAGGGACUUCAGGAGCUCAUGGAGGAGCCGCCGAGAGACGAGCAGAUUGAAGAGUCCAUGGAGUGUGCUGCUCAGACCACAACAGAACCUGAUGGAGUCGACGACAAGAACCACUCAGAGAUGCUGAACAAAAGCAGUAUUGAUGACCCUUCAGAGACCGCCGAUUCUCUCCCGCUUGUAGAUGCUGACGUUCCUCAACAGCCCGAAGCAGACAAGAUCAACACUGACAAAGUACCUGAAGUGGAUUCUUCUGAGAAAAACAAAAAGUCUAAUCGAGGCAGACGUCCAAAAGCAGCGGAGUCUGAAGAAGCCGAGGACAGAAAUGAGGCUCCAGAAGAACCUGCUCCUAUCCUUUCAGCGAGAGGAAGAAGAGUGAAGAAAACUGAGGCUACAGCAUCAUCUGCUGUCAGACCUGCGAGGGGUAGAAAUACAAAGAUCUUAGAGGAGGAGAGCACUCCUCAGCCUUCCAAAGCUGCCAACAAACGUGGACAGAAAGGACAGGAGGUCACGGAGGACGUCGUGAUUGCUGAGAACCAAGAGGUUGACCAUCAGGAAACGUCAGAAAUGAUCAGCAAGACAAAGAGAGCUCCAGUCAGAGCUAAGAGAGGAAGAAACGCCAAACAUGAGGAUGAAGAGGUUGGCAAAAUUUCACAAAACACCACCGAUUCCCAGCAGGCUGUAGUGGAAGAGAAGUCUGAGGAAAUGGUUGCCCCAGAGCAAGAAGAACCUGCUCUUGUUGAGGCAGAGCCUUCAAAGCCAAGGAGAGGAGGGCGGAAAGCCAAACAAGAAACUGAAAGUGUGAUACCUGCAGCUUCAACUGAAGACGUGAUGAGUGUCUCCACAGAGAAGCCUGUGAGAGGAAGAAGAGGGAAACUGGUCAUUGAGGACGCUGUUGCUGUUCAGAACCAAGAGCUUGAGCAUCAAGAAACAGAAGAAAGAGUUAGUGGAACAAAAGCAGUCCAAAAUGAGGCUCCAGUUAAACCUAGGAGAGGAAGAAACGCCAAACAUCAGGAUGAAGAAGUUGAAAAAAUUUCACAAGAUGUAACCGAUUCCCAGCAGGCUUCAGUGGAAGAGAUAUCAAACAUGUCUGAGGAGAUUGUUGCCCCAAACCAAGAAGAACCUCUUGCAGAACCUUCAAAACCAAGAAGAGGAGGGCGGAAAGCAAAACAAGACACAGAGAGUGUGACUCCUGCAGCUUCAACCGAGGUACAAGAGGUUCUCAGUGCCUCUACAAAUAAACCUGUGAGAGGGAGAAGAGCGAAACACGUCACUGAAGAUGUCGUUCCUGUCGAGAACCAAGAAACUGAGCCGAAGUCCGAGAAUCAAGAAACGGUUGAAAAGGUCAGCAGAACAAAGAGGGCUAAAGCAGUCCAAAACGAGGCUCCAGUCAGAGUCAAGAGAGGAAGAAACGCCAAACACGAGGAUGAAGAGGUCAACAAAGGCAUUACCGAUUCCCAGCAAGCUUCAGUGGACAAAUCUGAGGAACUUGUUGCCCAACAUCAGGAAGAACCGGCUCCUGUUGAAGCUCCAACCACUAAACCGCGGAGAGGAGGGCGAAAGGCAAAACAAGACACUGAAAGUGUGUCUCCUGCAGCUUCUACUGAAGUACAGGAAGUGAUCAGUGUCUCCUCAGAGAAACCUGUGAGGGGAAGAAGAGGGAAACAAGUCACUGAAAAUGUCAUUCCUGCUGAGAACCAAGAGACUGAGCCGGAACAUCAAGAAAAAGAAGAAACAGUCGUCAAAUCCAACAGAGCAAAAGCAGCCCAAGACAAGGCUCCUGUCAGAGCUAAGAGAGGAAGAAACGCCAAACAUGAAGAGGUAGACGAAGUUUCACAAAACAUUACCGAUUUCCAGCAAACUGUGGUGGAAGAAAAACCAAACCAGUCUGCGGAAAUUGCUGCCGCAAACCAAGAAGAACCUGCUGCAGAACCUUCAAAGCCAAGGAGAGGUCGGAAGGCAAAGCAAGACACUGAAAGUGUGACUCCUGCAGCUUCUACUGAAGAACAGGAGGUGACUAUUGUCUCCUCAGAGAAACCCAUGAGAGGAAGAAGAGGGAAACUGGUCAGAGAGGACGCCAUUACUGCUGAGCCAGAACAUCUUGAAACAGAGGAAAAAGUCACCAAACCCGGCAGGGCAAAGAGAGCGGCCCAAAAUGAAGUUCCAAAAGCCGCCCCGGCCAAGAGAGCUCGCCGAGGAGCGGCUCCGCCAGCUGAAGUUGAAGAAGACGCCCUUUCUGUACCAGAGUCUGCUCCAGAAGUCGCUGAACCUAAAGCAAAGAGAGGAAGACACGCGGCGGCAAAGCAAACCCCUGAAGAGGUGAGCAGUGACCUGACAAGCCCCGACGAAGCAGAAAGCAAAAAACCAGCCCGCUUUGUCAAGUGGAAAGCAGAUCUGGAAAUCUUCGAUAUUCCAAAAGUGACUCCCGUAAAGGCCACCCGCGGUAAAAAGUCAAAACUUGACGAAACCAAAAACCCGUCCAGUGUCGUUAACAAAGAGGAGGAGCUCUCAGGGGAAACCUUGCCUGCAAAGAGAGGCAGGCGAGGAGUUCAGGGUUCUGAUGCGAUGGCCGCGUCCACAAGCAGCAGCGUUCUUAAAGAAAAUGAGCCUCAGCCAAAAGCCCGGCGAGGAAGACCAGCUAAGAAAUAAGUGCGUUUGUUCUAAACAGUUAUCGUUCUUACUUUUGUACCUGUUUUUGUAAUUUCAAUGUAUUGUAGGAUGUAGUUUGGUGACUGAAAACAAAGCACUGCUUUAUUCGCCUGUUAAGCAGGGACUUGGUUUUAAUUCUUUUAUACUUUUUUUGAUUUUCUAUUACUCCUUUUGAGUCUGAGGGGAAAAAUAUUUUAUUGUUAAGCAGGGAGAGGGGUAUAAUAAAUUUUUGUACUUGAUUGGAAA